AUGGCAGUCAUUCAAACUGAUCAACCAAGCAACGCCAAACCCCGACAGCAGAGCACUGAGCGGUCCUCAAACGCGCGCCCCAUGUCUGCGGAACCGGCCGCGUACACGAAAGCGAACAUGCAUGACAGCCCGAAGAAGCGCCGCGCCAGGCCUCCCGCACACGGCCCCAUCCACGGCGACAGCGCAGACACUAGAAGCAAUGCUGGGAAGCAACACGCGUCCGCCGACACCAAGCUGCUCACGCGGCAAGACCCAAAUACUCCACAGGAUAGUCCCUCGCACCCCAUGACGACAAGCGAAACGCCCGCGCCGCCUGACCAGCGCCGCAAACAAAACCGCGUCGGCAAGCGCUACCGCGACAAGCUCGGCGCCGAGUUCGAGAGCCUGCAGGCGGCGCUGCACGUCCGCUGCAGCAGCCAUGACGACCUCGCCACCGAGGUGCAGGAGCAAGAACAGGGCGACAAGAACACAGGAGGCGAACAGAACGCGCCGUCGCCUGGGCAACCGAGCAAGGCCUGCGGCAGCCGCAGUCGUGGAGUCAACAAGGCGAAGAUUCUGGAGCUGGCGCGUCAGCGCGUCGGCGUGCUGCUGCAGGAGCGCGAAACGGUGAUGGCGGAGAGGAACAGGUUGCUGCUGGAGAAGGCUCUCGGCGGCUGGUGA